GCUGCGCCGGUGCCUCUCGCGGGGCUCGGCGGUGGCGGGGGGACCGGGGGCGCGUCGCUGCUCCAUGUCGGUCCCGUCCUGCGGGAAAUAUGAUCAGCGCCCCUGAUGUGGUGGCCUUCACCAGGGAGGAGGAGCUGGAGGAUGAUCUGUACCGCGAGCCGCCCCUGCCCGAGGAGUACUCGGUGCCGCUGUUCCCCUUCUCCGGCCAGGGCGCCAACCCCUGGGCCAAGGUCGCCGGCUCCAAGUUCACCCGGGACUUCAUUCUCAUCUCCGAGUUCUCGGAGCAAGUGGGGCCCCAGCCCCUCCUGACCAUCCCCGAUGAUGCCAAAGUAUCGGGCACCUUCGAUCUCAAUUAUUUUUCCCUGCGGAUCAUGUCUGUGGAUUACCAGGCAUCCUUCGUGGGGCACCCUCCCGGUUCUGCCUACCCGAAGCUGAACUUUGUGGAGGAUUCCAAGGUGGUGCUGGGGGACUCCAAGGAAGGGGCCUUUGCCUACGUGCACCACUUGACCCUGUAUGACCUGGAAGCCAGGGGCUUUGUGAGGCCCUUCUGCAUGGCCUAUAUUUCUGCUGACGAGCACAAAAUCAUGCAGCAGUUUCAGGAACUCUCCACUGAGUUCUCCAAAGCCUCUGAAUGCCUGAAGACGGGGAACCGGAAAGCUUUUGCCAACGAACUGGAAAAGAAACUGAAAGAUCUUGACUACACCAGGACUGUCCUGCACAACGAGACUGAGCAACAGAAGAAAGCCAACGACAAGGGGUAUUACACAACCCAGGCCAUUGAGAAGGCCAACGAGCUGGCCAGUGUGGAAAAGUCAAUCAUCGAGCACCAAGACCUGCUGAGGCAAAUCCGGUCGUAUCCCUACAGGAAGCUGAAGGACUCUGAAUUCCACCCCUAUGAGCCAGAGUGUGCCCUGGAACGGGCUGAUGUGGACAGUGAUCAGGACCCCACUGCCUCUGAGCCCGGUGAAACUCAUCUUUACACCCACGUGCCAUCCUACACCCCCAAACUCAUCAAGGCCAAGUCUGCCAAGUGCUUUGACAAGAAGCUGAAGACACUGGAGGAACUCUGUGAUGUUUAUUUUUUCACCCAGACCCUUGACCAGUUGCACCAUAUCGAGAGGACUUUUCGAGGUGAUGUGUGUUACCUCCUGACAGAGCAGAUCAGCCGGGCUCUCCUAAAGCAGCAGAGUGUCACCAAUUUCCUCUUUGAGGAUGUGUCUUUCCUGGAUGAAAAACCUCCUGAGAAACAGUACAGUGGCUGCCAGGGGCUCGAUCAAGGUGCCGUAGAUGAAAAGUGUUCAGAAGAGUCCCUUGCUCCUAAAGUGGUCAUCAGCCUGGGCUCGUACAAGUCCAGUGUGGAAUGUGUGCCCAUCAAGAUGGAGCAGGAAAUGGAGGACUCUGAAGAACCCAAAAUGUCUGAGUCGGUGAUGUCUGAGCACCAGGAGAACCUGGACUAUCUGGAUGCAGAUAUCAAAGGCAGCAUCAGCAGCGGGGAGAGCAUCGAGGUGCUGGGAACGGAGAAGUCGGGAUCUGGGCUGCCGAAAUCGGAGAGCCAGGCCAGCCUGCCCGUCAUGGCCAGCCCCCAGGCGGGGCGGAGCAAGGUGGGCAGCCGGCGCACGGUCAGCGAGGACAGCAUCGAGGUGCUCAGCACGUGUCCCUCCGAGUCCCUCAUCCCGGAGGAUUUCAAAGCGAGCUACCCAAGUGCCAUUAACGAGGAGCCCUACGCGGAUGACGACGAGGGAGGCCUUCGCUUCACCCCCAGACUGAACCCGGGCGUGGAUGACGGGCAGGACGACAUCUCCAAACAGGAAAGCUUAGUACAGGUGGAUGCUGCCUGUUGUAUCAGGAAGGAGAGCCCCAACUUCCUGGAGCCGCUGGCCGAGCUGGGGCAGAAGCCGUGCGAGGAGGACGGGGUGGUGCGGAUCCCCCCGCAGCCGUACCGGCUGGCAGAGCCGGGGCUGCGCGGGGGCUUCCCCUCGCACGACGGCCUCUCGGGGGGACUCCUGCCCUACGAGCUCGACUCACGCUACCUGACAGGCAGCAGGGAGGUGAGUAAGAGCAGCCUGGAUGAGUGCUCGGACUCCACCAGCUACAUCAGCAGCGCCGCCUCCACGUGCUCCGACAGGACCCCCUCUCCCGCCCACCUUCGCUGCGCGGCCGGGGAGAAGCACAGGAAGAAGGCGGGGCAGAACGCGCUGCGCUUUAUCCGCCAGUACCCCUUCGCCCACCCCGCCAUCUACUCCCUGCUCAGCGGGAGGACCCUGGUCGUGCUGGGGGAGGAUGAGACCAUGGUCAAGAAGCUCGUGACAGCGCUCUCCAUCUUCGUGCCCAACUGCGGCGUGUACGCCAAGCCCGUGAAGCACUGGGUCACCUCCGCUCUGCACUUGGUGGAUUUCCAGAAGUGGAAGUUGAUUGGACUCCAGAGGGCAGCGUCCCCUGCCGGGGUGAACGUGCUGCACGCCCUGAGCCGCUACAGCCGCUACCUGAGCAUCCUGGACGCCGACAGCAAGACCCUGCGCUGCCCCCUCUACAAGGGCAGCGUGGUGGCCCGGCUGGCCGACCACCGCACGCAGAUCAAGCGUGGCAGCACCUACUACAUGCACGUCCAAAGCAUCCUCACCCAGCUGUGCUCUAAAGCCUUCCUCUUCACCUUCUGCCAUCAUUUGCACCUUCCCAUCAGCGAAAGGGAACCGGAGGAAUCCGUUGUCAAUCGUAGGAUGAACUUUCUAAAGCUUCAGCUGGGCCUUGCCAAUGAAGAUAUCAAAAUCGUGCAGUACUUGGCCGAGCUGCUGAAGCUGCACUACAUUCAGGAACCGGGGCAGGGGGGGAACCCCCUGCUCAGAUUUGACUAUGUUCCCAGCUUUUUGUACAAAAUCUAGCCUUGCACAGGCUGUGUGCUCGGGGUCUGACAGAGCUCAUCCGUGCUUGACAUUGCCGCUGUCUGCAGUAGCUCUCAUACAUCAGGGAGAGGCUGAGGUGUUGGUGUCUCUGCUCUGCAGAAAUCCAGGUCUGCAGGAGCAGAUUUCUGGCUGUUCCCUCUAGCCAAAAGCGUAGAUGUUCCAUCACAUAAUCCAUUGGGCACUCUGUAAAUGUUAGAAGAGGCACUGUUAAAGUGGGUCACAGCAGCAUCCCAGGGGGGUCAUGGCUUGAGGGGAGGUGGGCUACUCAGGGGUCAGUACUGACUAGUGUGCAGCCCCCCAUAUAGCACAGUGUCCUGCAUGCUUCUGCCAGAGCCCUGAGCACUGUCAGUCCCUUCCACAGAGCCAGGGCUGUGACCAGAGGUGUAAAGGCCGUGUGAAGUUUUGUAUCUACUGAUGUGUCUGUCCUGUGAGUGUAGCUCAGAGGUGGCAGCUCACAGGUCUGUGCACAGCCACAGUGCUUGGUGUCCCCUCCUGCACUUUCUAAGUUUCUGGGCACUUCCCAGGAUUGGUUGUUCCUGGGUGAGUGGGAGCACAGCAGAGGCACAUGUGCUUCUCUCCAGAAAGGGUUUCCCAGUUUCUCCCAGCUUUGUUCAAACAGGAAGGUGGAAGCACUCCCUAAGGCUGGCGAGCCCGAGGCGCCAGCCGCUGUGAAUGUAGAGCACUGUGCCUUGUUCAUUUGUCACGUCCCAUUUAGUGGGCAGGCCAAGCAGGCUGGAGGGACACUGGGAAUCCUCAGAGCGUGUGAGGACAGGGGUGGCUUUUUAAAGACAGAAGGGAACUGAAGGAGGGUGAGGGCCCUCUUUUUAGGCUCUUUUUGUGAUGGGGAAGCAAUGUGAUUCAGCUGGAGCCACACUGUGAGACAGCAGGUUGUUACCAUGGGCUGCCUGGCUGGUGAGGUACAAGAGCUCAGGAGAGAUCGGGGAUGAAUGUACUGGAUUCUGUGUUGUAUCCAUAAUAGUUUAUUAUUUUUGUAUUUUUUUUUUUGUUGGGGAGUUGGCAUUUGUGCUUUUUGAUAAAACAGGGCCGGGCAUUGCUGCGUGCUGCCCCUGGCUGAGCCAUUGUUGUGUCCUGACUACCUCUCCCAGGGCUCUUGGGUGGCUCUGGAUGGGGCAGAAUUGCUGCUUUCUGAACCUGGGUACUGAGAACUUUUCAUUUCAAAGCUUCUGUGCCAUAAAGGAUUUAUCACCAACAUGGUGCCACUCCCAGAUCGUUCCUGUCCAUGCUGAAAGCUUUGAGCCCAGGUGCAGCACUUCCCUCUGGAGUCUCGUAGGUGAUGCUGGGCUCAGGCUGCUCUGCCUGGUGCCAUAGGGCAGUAGCAGCUCCCCAGGUACUUCUAAAGUAAGAAAAAUCUUGCUAGGAAAGAUAAUCUUGGUUUUAAUUCUUUUUGAUGCUGAUUAUGAGGUGAGAACAGCUACUGAUCUGUACUUUGGUUUGUUGUUUUUGGGUUUUUUUUUUAACUUCUGUUUAUGGUGAUAAUGUGAGGCAGCUUUGGAGAUGAGUGUGAUCUUCUUUCUGAGCCUGGGAAUUUUCUGUGUACAGCCUGAGGUUCCCCAGCAUGGCUUAGACCCCACUGAGACUUGCUGUGUGACCUGUACUCCUCCAAAACCAUGUCCUGGAGGCAGGGAGGCUCCUUGGAGAGGCUGUUGUUUUGCACCAGCAUCUGUGCCUCAGGAUUGUGCCACCUCCUCCUCUCUCCUGGAAAGGGCUCUCUGGCAUAUAAACCAACAGGGCAGAAAAGUUGUUUUUAAGGUUAUUGCUGUUUGUGGUGGCUUAGCCAAGUUGGCCUCGUGGUUCUCUCCAGAGGGAUUUCCUGGGUCAGGGGUUGCUGGUGAUGGUGUUUUGAGGUCGUGGUUGGAAGCAGUGUUGUGUGGCCUUUGCUAAAGGUGAGCAGUGUCUCUCUGGGGCUGCUCACCUUUACAGCAUCUUUAAAGCCUUUUCCUGUCCUGCCUGUACCCUCCUGUCUCAUGUGAACUGAGUUCUGGUGAAACGCCUCGGUGUCCAUCAAUUUGGCUGCUUAUUGAAGUGAGUCAAGGUGUCCCCUGGUUGAUUCAUACACACCCAAACUUCGACACUAAAGCUGAGGUGAGAUUCCCUGGGGGAAGAGGCGUCUCGGUAGAUGAGUAAUGCAGGUGACAGCAGGCAGAUGAAAGCUCCCAGCAUCCUGCUCUGGAGCAGUGCUCAAAACAGGAGCUUGUUUCCUGCUGAAAAAUAGCCUAGUGCUGUUUGGGUUUAAGGAGGGAGGGAGGGAGGGACAGACUUUUUUCCUGCUGACUCACUCACAUCUUCCUCCAGCAUGGAGUGGGAGAGAUGAUUCGUGGUGGCUCAUCUUAGUCACAGUAGUCUUGACCUGUGGUGUUCAGCUGUGCUCAUAAAUUGAUAAAUAACUCACUUCUUGCUCCCUCUGCCCAACCUGUAGUAUCUGAUGUUCAAGGCUGUGUUGAGCAAUACUUGCAUUACCACCUGUCUGACCUGCUUCACCUCUCUGCCACAAAGCAGCUCUGAUUGGGGAGGA